AUGUUUCGUCACAUUAGCCUAAUUCUCUUUGUUUUAAUUCUCAAUUAUGCUCAAGGGCAGCGAAAAGAUACGGACUAUUACACGUUUGCUCUGCUUUCGGAUAUUCAUAUAGGAGAUACGGGUGCAAAUGCACUAGGUCGUGCUCGUUCAGCAGUCAAAAAGAUCAAUGAACUAGCUGCGAACGUCUCGACAAAUUUACAAGCUGUGUUUAUUACUGGCGAUUUGACCAACUCGGCUAUGCCUUCUCAGUAUGAGACAGUUCGUGAUGUUUUAAACAAUCUAACUGUCCCCUAUUAUCCAAUCAUUGGCAAUCACGAUCAAUGGUUAUAUAAUUCCACAUGGGAAGACACAGCACCUGUAGGUGAUCAACUGUUUGCUCAAACAUUUGAACAUAUUCUCAAUCAAUCGAAUAUCGUCAAUUAUCCAAAUGGAACUGUUUGGAAUCCAACGCAUUCCUGUCCAUCAUGGUUCCAAAACUAUCGUCUACAAAUACAUAAUAAUAUUUUCAUUGCUCUCGAUUGGAAUAGUCGUCAUCACGCUGUUGCUUCGCUUGGCUACAAAGGUUCGAUGCCAGGUGCUGAUUUGUAUGAGUUUCAAGGUGGAACAUACUCGUGGUUGGAAGCGCAAUUAGGGCAACUAGAAAAACAAAGGUCAACCAUAGUGCUUCUACAACAUCAACCUUUUCGUGCGCCGUUCUACAUUCCAGGCGAAAUCUAUGCAUUUGGCGAAGGAAAACGAUUACGCGUCGACCAUUUACUACGUCGACAUUCAUCAUUGAAAUAUUUCGGUGUUUUCGCCGGACACUUUCAUAUGUGGUCAGACGGAACAGCCUUCGAUGACAUGCCCAAAUUUCGUCAAUUCGAAACAGACGCCUGUAAAGUUGCCCAAGCAAUUGCUCUAGUGACAGCGAAUAUUCAAACAGGAGAGAUUAUGAGCAUAGAGAAAUUGUACGGAGAUGAGCCAACAGACGAAGUUUAA